AAUUACAUGUAAAGAUGUCAAGUAAAUUAGGUUGCCUGUCGGUCACAAGAAUCGGAUGAAGCGACAUUAAUUUUAUGUUUCCUCUGCCAUCUUUUGCAGCCUGUGAGGCUUCUGUGAUCAUAGGGUGCUUGUUCCUCUCCAGCUUGUUCCUAGCUAAAUCUACUCACGUACACUUCAUUUCCUAAUUAAUAUUGGAGCUCAUCGAUCUUCGUUUUCGUAGUACAUUUUCCUCAUCAUCAACCUCUCCAGUCAACCUAUAGCUGUUUGGACUUAAGAUCAGCAAAACAAGAAUACAAGCUAGAAAACAAAAUCUAGGCAAACAGACAAUUGCUUAUUAACCUCACAACACUAAUGAUCAAUCAAAUGAACUAGUAUCUCCGUGCUUAUACUACCACAAACGUCUUGCAUCUCCAGGAUAAUGUGGACCAAGAACUAGAAAUGCCCCUCCAGUACCGUAGAAUCUGAGCCAUUAAAACCGAUCAUAUAACACCAGAUGCAUGCAAGAUCCAGUGCACAGGCAAUGCAUCUUUCAUGUCUCAUUCAUACAUGAAGAGUCUGUCUGUAUCCGAACCACCGCACUUUAUUCCAUUUCACUGAUUGAAUUCUCUGAUGAUCAAAAAGCCUGCACAAGCUAGAAAUAUAAUCAGCAUAUCACUCAGGUGUGCUACCUUUUCCACCUUUUGAGCUCUUUGAUCGCUAUAGUACUUAGCAGCAAGCGAUUCCCGGUCCGGGCAGGUUUUCCCUCUUCAGCUAUGUUAGAAGGCAAAGCGGUGAUCAAUGAGACUGAUAUGCUUGAAACAAUGCAGCAAGAAGCACUCCAAUUAGCCGCGAAGGCUCUCGACAUCUUUGAUGUCACCGAACCUACUGAAAUAGCUCAAUUCAUAAAGAAGGAUUUCGAUGAAUCGUAUGGAAUUGGGUGGCAAUGUAUAGUGGGAACUGAUUUUGGUUCGUUUGUGACACACAGCCAGGGUUGUUUUAUCCACUUCUGCAUAGGUAGCCUUGCAUUCUUACUCUUCAGGGGUGCAACUAAUCGAACCACCUCUGCGGAGCUGAACAGGAUUCCAACAUUAGAGGCUGUAAAUGCAUAAACUUUGCAUCUUUUGAUUUUCUGUUCAGUUGGCAUCUUUCACGUUGACAAAUAAAUAAUUGAAAGUUUGUGUUCCAAGUUAUACAUGUUAAUUUUCACAUUUUCAGCAUCCAUUUACAGUUUACUUGAGCCCCAUAAAUAAUUUAAAAAUAAGAAGCAAAGGCAGAACAGGAUAGCCCGUAAGACAUUGGCUUCAAAUACUUGAUAAAUGAUCAAGGGAACAGAUUUAUUUGGUAAGGACCUUUAUGAUAUCCAUUUUAAUGAAUCAAAGCACUUCCUACAGAAGCACAAUCCAGAGGUACUCUGCGUCUCUGAUAGGACUAUAAAGAAACUUGGAUGAAUAUACUACAUUCAGCAAAAUUGGGGACCUUGUAAUCCCUACAGAAUG